ACGGAUCCCGUUAUACCCUGCACGACGCCAGAGAGGAUUUUGUCAUCUGCACCCAAAAAGAUCUGCUUGGAUAAAAACAAGAAAUGGGAAGUAGUAACAGUGCAGCUCUUCACGCUGAAAGAGAGAGAAGAAGAGAACUGGAACGUAGAAGAUUUGAAGAUGUGGAAGAACAUAUGAGAGACUUAAGACAAGAGCAGGAGAGGAUGAAAGAAUCACAGAACCGUCAAAGAGUGGAAGAUCUUCAAAGACAGCUUGAAUUAAGCUACCGUCAAAGAGAGGAAGAUCUUCGAAGACAGCAGGAAGUGGCAGAACCGCGUUAUCGAGCGGUUCAACCUGUUUCGUUUUGCCCAUGCUUCACAUUUUCCAACUCAAAUAAAUGAAAUGGCGGAAACGAAGCGGAGAGAAGAAAGGAGAAAAGAGCGGUGCGUGUAGGAGCAACUUUACAGAAGUCAUAUCCAAGUCAAGUUUACUCAAAUGUACUUUAUAAUACAAAGAAUGAUACUUUUAGUCAUGGCUUUUUGUAGAUCAACAAAUAAUUCUUAGAUAUUUUUGUGUGUAAAUAAUUUCGAGAUGAAUAAAGAAACUCUUUUAACAGUUAUUAGAUUAGAUUGUCCUGACAUUAUGCAGUCCAUUCCAUUUAUAUUGAAGUCGGUUAUAUUGAAAUAUCUGUUAUAUUGAAGUUAAAAUAAAUCCCC